AUUAAAAAAAACUCUGAGCGAAAUGGAAAAAGAAAAUGAACGAGGAAAUUGUAAUUUUAAAAUUGUAAAGAAUGAAAAAAUUAAAAAUGAAGUUUCAAUUGUUUCGAGGAAUAAUUCGAAAAAGAUGAAUUUUUAUUUCGAUUGUCAGAGGAUUUACAAAAAAAAAUCUCUCUUCACUCAGGAGAAAUUCGAUGUUAAAACAUUGAGAAAAAUACGUUCGAAAAAAUGGAAAUAUCUUUUCAUGUUUUCCAAGGAGACGAGAAAUUUUUUAAAGAGAGAUUUAAUUGUCAAAAAUUGGGGAGAAAAUACAAAAAUAGAAAUCGAAGGUUUUACUAAAGAAUUAAUGGUGGAGGAUCGUUUAGCGAUUAAAGAAAAAGAAAUUGUUAAUAAUAAUAAUUCUAAGGAUGAGAAAAAUUCAUUGUCAGAAGAAAUAAAAAAUGCUUCUGGUGAUCAAAAAUAAAAUAAAAUACUUCCAUCAAAUUAAUGGAAAAGAAGAAUGUAAUUAGUGUUACAGAAAAAAAAAUGAAAUAAUUUUUUAGUUUAUUCUCCAUUCUGUAUUAUUGUCUUAAAUGCCAAUCAGGUCGUUAAACAAAAGUUUAUUAAAUAAAAGAAG